AUGUCGGGGGAUUAUAAUGUCGAGGUACCACUUUGUUACGGUGAUAUUGAAGAUCCAAACUCAAAACGCAAAAAAAGGAAACUAUGUACGAUGGUCAUCUGGGAUAUAACAGAAGUAGAUGUAAGCUUUGAUGGCCCCUCGAGAGUACAGUUUACAGUAUUGGGUCAUACAACUGAAGUGGAACAGAUAGUAGAUUUAAUACUGGAGCACAGUAACUGCCGUCUUGAUUUCUUGAAACGCGUCGAGAAGAAUGAAGAGCUGAAGAGACAAGCUAAGGAGAUAGGUGUUAAAGCUAACACUAAGAGAGAUCCCGCCCAGCCAAGGAAAGCCCAUUUUGUCAGCAAGCCCGACUUCUUGACACCUAUUCCUUAUGAGAUCAUUGCUUAA